CAUGAGAUUGUCUUGCUGGGCCUCUCACAGCCCCGGGUCCUUAGCCUGGCUUUAGCCAUCCUGCUCCUCCUCUCCUACGCCACCGUGCUGCUGGGGAACCUGUCCAUCAUCCUGACCAUCCGUGCCGAGCCGCGCCUGGCUGCCUCCCCCAUGUACUACCUCCUGGGCAACCUCUCCCUGGUGGACCUGUGCUACACCUCGGUCACCACCCCCCAGAUGGCCCUGGGGCUGCUCUUUGGCCAUGCCACCAUCUCCUUGGGCGAGUGUCUGGCUCAGCUCUUCUUCCUGCACUUCUUGGGCUGCACUGAAAUCUUUCUCCUCACCGCCAUGGCCUACGACCGCUAUGUGGCCAUCUGCCAGCCCCUGCACUACAUGGCCAUCAUGAGCUGCCGCACCUGCGCCCGGCUGGUGGCCGGCUCCUGGAUGGGGGCCCUGGCCCACUCUUUGGUACAGACCCUACUGGCCACCACCUUGCCCUACUGCGGCCCCAACCGCAUCGACCACUAUUUCUGUGAUGUGGCCCCGCUGCUGGGCGUGGCCUGCACUGACACGUCCCUGGUGGAGAUCCUGGUGGUGUCCAACACCGGGGCCAUCUCCCUGGGCUGCUUCCUGGUGCUGCUGGUUUCCUACGGGGUCAUCCUGGCUGCCCUGCGGCGCCGCUCCGCUGAGGGCCGGCGCAAGGCCCUGUCCACCUGCACGGCCCAUCUGAUGGUGGUGGCCAUCUUCUUUGGACCCUGCAUCUUCAUCUACACUCGGCCCUUCUCCACCAUCCCAGCUGACAAGGUGGUGUCGCUGCUGGCCACAGUGGUGACGCCCAUGCUCAACCCACUGAUCUACACCCUGAGGAACACGGAGAUGAAGGGAGCCAUGAGGCGGCUGUGGGGCAGGUGGGUGAGAGCAGAGAAGUGA